GAAGGAAUUGACAUUUACCUUCUCACAAUUUUAAAACAUUGAAAAUUGAAUAAAAAACGAACAUGAAAUCUAAAUACAUUGGAGCGGGUAGCGGUAAAAAGGCCUAUGUUGCUGCCGGUGCCACAACCAUGGGUUUAUUCCUCUUCAACUACCUGCCGAACAGCUUUGGCCUGGAAUACUACAAAGACUUCCUGCAAUGCUAUAAAAAUGGUGAACCGGUGAAAAUAUCACCAAAAAUCCUGGAAAGAUUUGAGAGGGCAAAGGAAAUAUGCGGCUUGGAGGCACACGAACAGACGCUAGUGAAACCAUUUUCAGUAUUUGGUUUUGAAGUAUCAUUGGUGGGAUGUACCAAGACCAAAUUUGGUGCCAUUGUGGGCAUUCCGGCGAAUUUUGAAUAUGACAGUGUCAACGAUAUAAAACGUAGUGAAAUACGUUUUCGUGAUCAAGCAAUCGACUGGAAAUCGGAAAGUGGUAAAUACUUGGAACAGGCACUCAUCCUCACCGAAGAAGAACAAAUAUUUGCCUUUUGCAAGGCAUUGUUGCAGGCCAAAAGCAAUUAUGUGCUAAUGAACUCGUUGUUUCCAUCCUUGUCGUUUCUAACCGUGUACACGGUAGGCAGUUAUUUGAAUUCAAGUUUGGGUCUCUUGGCGAGGCCGUUUAGUUUGCGUUUUGUUAUGUACACAAUUUUGGGCCUGUUUGGUCUUGGAACCUGGUGUUUUAUGAAAGACUUCAAUCAAGUGUCACUCGAUGCUGAUAUUGACAAGGAGUUGUCCGCCAAAGGUGAACGUUUUGUCCAGGCCGGAGUUAGUUACUACGACAAGCAGUUGAAGAAAAAUGUUGCCUUGAGAAAUCUGUUGAAAGAUGACACCUUUACGGCAAAUGGAAAUGUUAAUUAUCUAUUGCGUCAAAAAUCAUUACCACUAACAAUAAGAAAAUCAUAUUUUGAGGAAAAGUUACAAGAAAAUGUUACUGCGACGAAUUAAUAGAGAAUGGAAAAGAAUACAAUCUUGCUAUGGAUCAUUAGUUGGUCUGUUUCAGAACUGCAAGAAUGUAAAAGUUUUUACUACGAUGACCGAUUUUCCCUUUGUGAUAUCGGAAAAAAAUUCAAAACUAGUAGGUUCUUGCAGGUUUUGGAACAGACCAAUUGUUGGUUAAAAAUGAAGGUAGAGAUUUAUUUUUGUUUGGAUUCACUAACUUAUUGAUCAGAUUAUAAUAUCUAAAGAGUUUAACUGUCAUUUCCAGAGCUUCCAGCUGAAUUUUCUCAAAAUGCCUAGAAAUAAAUCAACCUUAAAAAAUGUCCAUAGUAAGUCUGUUUGUUUUGGGUUCCCUAGUCAUAAAAAGUUUUAUAAUUCCCUGUACCCCACGAAUGUACAAUAAAGUUGUUAACCAUUAAUGUUUACCAAA